AUGCCCUUCGUCGGUACAGGUAGAUGGUCCCUACCGUUAUUCAUACUUAACAAUAAGAAACUCGAAGAGGAAAUGAUUGAACUUGGGAAAAUCCUUCAGCAGGAGAUAAAGUCCUCCAGUGAAACACGCACUGACAUAGAUAACCCUCAAGCGGCAUUCUGCCGCUUCAAGAGUAAAGCAAUUCAACUGUGCCGCUCAACAGCCAAGAGACUGAUACCAAUGAAGAAACAAAAGCUCUUGUCACAGCUCCGCGCAACCAACAAUGACCCGAACCUACCGGACGAGGAUAAACACAUCGUCAGUAUCGCACUGCAGGAUCAACUUAACCAAUUAGAAAUAAUUAAACAUGAUAAAACAAGAGACAAUCUUAUGGCGAGAAUGCGACUCGAAAACGAGUCCCCAGCAAGUAAACUCUGGGCUAAGUCAGGCAAAGAUCAGAAAUCGAGAGACACCAUCAUUGAACUAAAAACGUCAGACUCACCACCAGAGGCCCCAAUCUAUAUACAGCGUUCAGACAAAAUGUCAGAGCUGUCAAGAGACUACUAUGACUCACUCCAAAGGGAAGGCAUAUCACCAACAAACGAGAGAGAAGAAGCGCUGGAAUCCACUCUGAAUGCAAUCAUGAUUAAACUAUCCCCCCUGAACAAACAGGAACUUGCUAAAUCACUCACCAAAGCGAAUGUUGAGGAGGUUCUAAAACUCCUACCGAACGGAAAAGCUCCUGGAAUCAACAGUAUACCAUACGAGUUCUAA